CCUAAUGAGUCUGUGUAGAACAGCAUGAUUGCACCGUAGAAACGUGCCGGGGAUAGAUAGGAGGCAGUGUGAAAUCAUAGCGUUCUGUUACAAGGAUUUAAAUAGACUAGGCUAAUACCAAUUGUAAAUUAUGUUUCUGCAUUCUUUUGAAAUCAGGAAUGCUUUGAAAUAUUCAAUUCAGUCACGUUAUGAUCAUCGGUGACUACAGCCAGCUGGCGUUCCUCUUCAAACGAAUUCGAUGAGAAAUUGCAAUUUGCAACCACGUCCCGGUUCCUUUUUAUGAUGCAUUUUUGGUUUCAUUUUGUUUCAUAUGGAUGUUUGGAAGAAUUGUUGAAGGAAAAUGCGCGGUGCAUUAAACCACAGCACUGAACCAACUAGCUAGCGAUAUCUGCAACCAACCACUUUGACCAAACGGGGCUUGUAGCGGAAUGGCACCGUGGCGGAUAGCAUUCAUCUGUUUACAGUGGGUAAUCCACUAUGCAUUGUGCCGCGAGGUGACUGUUCCUGAUGGCCCACUGUACCGCGUGGCAGGGUUCCCCCUGACUCUGCCCUGCGCCGUGACCGGCUACGAGGGCUCACGCACGCAAGACUUCGAGUGGUUCCAGUACCGGUCCGAAACUGGCGGACACCAGAUCGGGGUGGUCUCCACGCAGGACCCCGGCUUUCCUUACGCCCCCUUCCAGGCGAGAGUGCGCUCGGGGGAGAUCCGGGUAGAGAGGGACUCGGGUGACAGAGCCAGGUUGGUGGUGCAGAGGCUGAGGUCAGAUGACCAGGGCCGCUUUGAGUGCUACACUCCCAGCACUGACACACGUUACCAAGGCAACUACAGUGCCUCUGUAGUAGUGAAAGUGAUUCCUGACACCCUGCUUAUCAGUCACCCCCGCACUCUGAGUGGCCAGCCGAUGACGGAGGGAUCGGAAUUGCAGCUCACCUGCAAAGCUUCUGCCCUGUCCCAGCAGCACACUCACCUGGCCAUCACUUUCGGUGUGCGGGGUGGGGCGGGGGCAGCCAUGGGCCCCCCAGGGGCUCAGGGCCACACCCUGCGGGAGAUAAUCUCCCUGGACCGUGGGCUGGCCGUCACGGCUGGCCGAGGCGGCUCCUACGACAAGCGUUACCAAGCCGGCGAGAUUGGGCUGGAGAAGAGGGUCGGGGACAGCAGCGGAGAUCUGUACGUGAUGAAGAUCGGCGCCCUGGCCCCAGAGGAUUCUGGGUCGUACUUCUGCGAGGCGGCUCAGUGGAUCCGGGACCCCGACGGCACGUGGCAGAGAAUCGCACAGAGGACCAUGGAGCUGGGCAACCUGACUGUCCAGCCUUUGGCGGAUUCCCUGAUGGUGACCUCCACCCCCAGCGGCGAGGUGACCCUGCAGGUGGGCUCCCCUCUGAGCCUGACCUGCGUGGUGGGCGGCGUGGGCUCCUGGACGCGCUCCUCGCUGCUGGUGCAGUGGAUGCGGCGGGGUGCAGGCGGCGGCGUGGAGGUGGAGGUGGCCCGCCUCGGCCCAGACGGCGUGGUCAGCUGGGGCGACGACUCCACCCGCCAGGGCGCUGCGUCUAUGGAGAAGGAGGGGGAAGGGAAGUACAUCCUCCGUCGCUUUGCGGCGUACCCGUCAGACGCCGGGCUGUACCGCUGUGCCGUGAGCGUCUACGCUGGAAAGCUGAACCCGGGACCCUCCGACCCGGCAACUGUUACCCAGAGGUCUGAGGGAGUGCUGGUCAACGUUAAGACUAAAGAUGUGAGUGUGGCAGCGGUGGCUGAGGUGCCUCGUGGCCCGCUGCUGAGGCGAGGGAACACGGUGGCCGUGCUCUGCAACGUGUCCGUGACCACCACGGGCCCCUCCCAGGUGGAGAUCCAGUGGCUGUCGAAGCGGCAGUCUCCCGAGGGCCUGGGCGAGAAGCCCAUGGCCGACGACCCCGGCCGCGUCUUGGCUUUGCUGACCUACGACGGCCUGUCCCGCAUCUACGCCAACGGGAGUGAGCUGAGCGUGGACCGCUUGGCCCCCGACUGCUACCGCCUGAGGAUCCACGCGGCCAGGGUGGAGGACCAGGGGCACUACCUGUGCCAGGUGGCGGUGUGGGGACAGGACCCUAAUGGAGCGUGGUACAACACCGGCGCCACAGCGGAGUCGUCUACGGUCCGGGUCUACCUGUAUGCCAGAGUCAUGGAUCUUCUCCUUAUUCCCCUCGUGAUUGGAGUGUCGUCAGCCCUGUUUGUAGGUGUUGUCAUUAUUGCCACGGUGACCUGUUGUUUCAUGAGGAGGUUGGCAAGGCAACGCUCACAGAAGUAGGUGUUGGCACACCAAUGUCCAAGCUGCUGAUAAAACACACGAUGGCGUCGGAAAGCUUAUUUGUUCUUGCUUAGAUAACGCAUAUUUGUAAGCUAUGGAUGUGGAAAAACGGAAUGGGAUUUUGGUUACACCAAAAUAUGGGCCAAUUUUCAAGACAACGAAAAGAAAAGAUGAGCUCUAAAAGGAGACCCUUUGAAGAUUGUUGCAUGACUGAUACAAACAAACAAACAUAACCCAAAAGACCUCAAAACACGUUUCACAUGCACUGCUUCAGGUCUGUACACAUUUUGAAAUGUGAAGCCGGUUUCCUUGUUCUCCAUACAUGAACUGGUAAUAUAUUCACUGACCUUCUGAGGAACUCGACCACGGACAGAGAAGCUGUGGUUGGGACGAUGAUAUAAAGGUAUUGUGUGGGAGAACACACAAACUCCUUCCUGGUUUUUGACUCUUGUUGCAAACAAUUGGGGACCCAGAUUGUUAAGGCUUUACAGAUGCUGUUAAAAUUAGUCCAAUAAUCUGACACUUUUCGAAAACAAAGCAGAUAACAAAAAGUUGUUUUUAACUUGAACCUGAGAAUAUAUGCAGCAUCAUAUCAAAUUACAAGUCCCCUUUCCCCCAGUUACAUUAUAUAUGUAUAAAGAAAAUGGAUUGACAUAAAAAGUAGUCAUCUUGAGGACAUAUGCACUGGUCUUCAUAGUCUUUACAAAUGCUUCCUUGUAUUGGAAUUUGUGCUGAGUAAAAUGGACGCAUGUGGGCCCUAACAUAUCUAGGGGCCCUCCUACAUCUAUAAGAGCUACGGGACCAAAUGCACCUACAGUUACUAGUAACUGUGUGUUUAUGGGAUGGUCUGUUAAGAGUAGGAUAUGGGCGUGAUCAAACCCAGUUGUGGUACUAUAAAAGUAGCUGGGGCCUGCUGGCUUGAGCACAAUGGCAAGACAUUGGAGACCGAAGAGCAUUCUUGGCAUCGCCACCAUCCGUCUUGGUGAACAUGUCUCUUUGUUUUAUAUACAAAAGUGGUUAAUAUAAGCAUUAUUGUUUUAAACAGAAUACCGUAGUGUACUGUUUGACGUUUACAAAAUUUAUAACUGUUCUUUUGUGCUCACGUGGUAAAAUGUCAAGUUGCGGAGACCUACUUGAUAUGCUGUUACUGUUCCCACGUGUAUGCCAGCAUGCCAGUCACUGCCUGUUUUGCCCAAGCAGUUACACAACCAAAAUGGAAGUCAUGUUCGAGUUAAAGCAUCUUUUUAUUUCUAGGUGUUGCAGUUAGUUUUGAUCAUUUUAAGCUGUUUAAAGAUUAGAGUGUUCAGGGAGGGUUUUAUGUGUACCUGUUCCACCUGUAGAUGUUCAUUUUUGAUGACUUCCAAAGAUUUUUUUUUUUUUUGUUAACCGUAGUCUACUUUGAAGCAUCGUUUUAAAAAGCUCAUAAAUGCUGCUGCUUUGUCAAUCGCCAUUGUUUUCCUUACAGUGGAAUAUGGUCUGUCUUUUUUUUCCCCCGUUUUUUUUUUAAAUUAUUAUUAUUUUUUCAGUCGCAUUGCAUUAUGGGUUAUUGCUCCUCUCACGGGAAGCAAUAAGCCAGCUGAAGUCCCAGACCCUUGUGCACCCGAGCGACGAGCAUCACUGAGCCUCUCCCAAAUCCCAGAGUGCUAACUCGCAGUGCAAUCUAUUUGAUGGCACUGAGUCAACGCCAUGGCGAUCAGAAUGCAAUUGGCCCCCUCUGCCCACUUCAUCCCUUCUUCCUGGGUUGACCGUGCGGGUUGAGCUUUUUUCCUGCCCCGCCUCUAACCAUUCAGUGUUAAUGAAGGCAAUGCAUUAGUCUAUAGUAAAAAAGAGGGGGAAAUGUGGUACAGGGCAUCUCUGAGAAACUACUUAGUUACAGAGCUGUGGUGCUGAAAGCUGAUUUACCCAGCAUUGCUCAACAACCCAGCCCACCCCCCGCAACACACACACACACACACACACACACACCCUCCUGCCUACACGUGACCACAGUCCUGAAUGACGGCCCUGGGUGAGCCAAAGUGAAUUCAUGCUGGCUGGGUUUUAAUCCCUGUGUUUAUAGUGUCAGCACCCCAUCCCCCCACUGUAUGUGCUAUUUGUCAGUCAGACUGUCAGUUCUAACUGAGCUGACUGUUUCUCUCGCUCUCUCUCUCCUCUCAUCAAUCUGAUUCCUUAUUGCACUAUUUGGGUUGUGAGUUCUUUGAAGGAACAGAUUUAAUGUCUGUUUCUGCCCCUAACUUAGUCAUUGUGAGUAAAACCACUAGUUCAAUACAGAACCUCUUAAGGUUCAGUACAAAUGCACACCCCUUGUGUGAGAAUUGAUGUUGUUUGUUUUGUAUUCAAGUGUGUUCUGCAAUAUGUCAUAUGGUCUUAUGACUGAGGGUUAUGCUGUUUUAGUUAUUAUAUCUUGCACUGCUUUGUGACUAUGUGCAUUUGAAAUGACACUUACAAAACAAGUUCUAAUUUUUCACAGAUGUUCACAAUUUAUUGUGUGUGUGAUGGUGCUUUGAGAAUGCUGCCACACAAUUAAAUAAUAAACCAUUACAGACUAAAA